AUGACAGACGUCGGUGGAAUGACAGAUUUGAACAGACUGAAUUUGAGGCUCAAGUGUCUCGAUCUCUGUCACUUGAACAGAUCGAUCAAUAGCGCUGUCCUAACUCCCCGCGGCUUCAUUCUUCUCGCUGCGUCUGACACGCUAUUCUGUCUCCCACUGAAAUCGAUUGGGCAGCCUCCACGCGUCUUGAUCAAGCGACUUAAAUCUGCUCACUCUAUUUCCAUUCUCCCCCUCACCAGCGUUAUAUUGAUUUCCACCGAUAAUGCAACGCGAUACUACGAUUUGCGUCAAGUUGAAAAAUCUUGUUUGCAGCUGUGGGACAUGUCUACGGGGCAGGUGAACGUGUUGCCUGAUCUGCGCACUCCUGCUCCACCCGCGCUGCAAGACGGCGAACUCAACCAUCUAACACACCUGCCGCCACCCACUCCAACUAGUCCCCCUUUCUCCAUUUCCCCUAGUAUGCCCGAUAUCUCAGCCUCUACAAAUUCUCCAGCGCUGCCCCCUUUACCCUUUCAAAUUGAGGAGAAUAGCAGUUUGUUUGGUGGUGCUGAUGGUGGUGCUGAUGUUGGUGCUGAUAGUGCUGCCACUAGCCCUGCUCCUAGUCCUGCUAUCAGUGCUGCUCCCUCGCCGUUCCACCCAGACACCCAAACUACGCCCAUCCACCAGCGCAGAAAAGCAAGACAGCCACCGACACUCAACACAGUCAACACACCACACGCUCAAUCCACUCAGCCCCACGUAGACGGGCAUGCACGCUCACGCAGCGAGGACUUAACGCCGCUGACCAGCGACGUAGUGAAGCGGGAGUUAGAGCGUGUGCAUAUUCGGAACAAUCGAAGCAAAAAAAGCGCUGCGAAGCUAACACACAAGAAUCUCAACGACAUAAUCCACCCAACCAUUCUACGCGUAGGCGAGACGAGUGAGCUGAGCUACUUGGCAGUCCUUUCGCUCACGCUACCUGACAACGACACGCGACAACCCGCAGACCAAACGACAGUGUCGUUGUUUGCGGGCACGCAGCAUGCCCCUCUAUCCCUCGUCAAGGCUUUCAUCCUCCCCGAUCGCCCUGUCGAUUUGCAGCUGUCGAUCAAGGGCGACGACAUGUCGGAGAUUAUCCUCGUCUACGACAGAAGUAUUUUCGCUCUCAACCCGUUUUCGAUUAACGUGCGCGAAAUCAAAGUUGGCAGGGGUGGUAGACGGCGGAGGAACCAAAACGGGCAUAGCAACGGUGAGAGGGACGGAGAGACGCAGGGCGGAGGAGCACAUGGCGAUAGCACACGCUGGUCAACUGAGUUAGCUAAUCAAGGAGGGGUGCAAGAUACGCGCGUAGUGGAUAUGGGUGUUGGUGUGGGCGAGACGGCACCGACGCGCGUGUCAAUGUCAGUGCACGGAGGACAGAACGAUCCUAUACCUACAGAGCACUCUUCCAACUCACUCGCAUCGACCAUCCUCGCUAACAACUCUUAUACCAACUUCACGCCUCCGUUGAUCGAUACGAAUGGAGCCAACUUGAGCAACACGACGCACCCAACAAACUCAAACUCAACACACUCAACGCCCACGCGACGCACAUCAAGCAGAUUCGGCGGACUGAGCAGGUGGACGAGUAUGCUACAGCGGCCAUUCCAGCCGCGCACAUCAAGCAAUGUGCUAGGGAGCCAAAGCCAGAGUGAUACAGUACAGGAAGACGCAACGACACCAACAGUCUCACCUGAGACGCGCAAGACCACCAUUAACCCCCACUACACCACCCUCGUCCAACUGCACCAAACGCCGCCUCUUCCACCCGCUGCCCUCGAGAAGAUGUUUACCAUCCCUCCCCGCUAUGACGAGCUAGAAGCUCAGCGCAGUCGGAGUGUUUUUAUGAACAAGACAGCGUCGCAGCUUUCGGCGCGCAGCCACCACCAUGAUGAUCUGCGCAAGUGCUGGCACUACCUCGAUCCACGCGGCACUGAGCAUGGCCCAUGGAGUACGAAAACAAUGCAAAACUGGUACACGAGCCGACGCUUUCUCAGCAAUCUUCCUAUUAGACAUGAGCGAAUGCGUUAUCACAAAACGCUAACUGAGCUAAUAGCGCAGUUCGGUGCAGAAAACCCAUUUGUAGUGGCACUAGGAGCUGUACUGCAGUACUCACCAGCGGACUCACUCAAGAGCCUCGAUCCUCCUACUCCCCUCCUACCCCCCAUUUCCCUCAUCAGCGAUCCUGCUCUACCGCGUACUGGCGCACAGAGCAUCUAUCUCGCCGCUCGCCGUUACCUACCCACUAUGCUAAUCGACCACAACGGCAGAUCUAUCGUGCGCGGCAGUGGUAUACGCUGGGUUGGGAGUGGGUACAGUGAUGGAGGUGAACACACAGACGCAGAAACGAAUUCCGAUGACGAUAUCAAACACUUUGAAAUGAUUUCUACUUCAGACGAUAACACCACCGCCGCACUCGUCGCUAUUCGCCAGCGCAGCUUCGAGGUGAUCGAUAUUGCUGACGCCCUCCUCGGCCACCCCUCCGAGAGGGAGAAGGCAUUGCCGGGGUGGGAGCGGCAUAUGUGUCGGGCGGGUGUGAGUCGGCCGUACGUUCACAAGCUGCACAAGCACCGUAGAGACAGACGCGAUCUAAAUGCGGAGACGGCGCGCGGACGCAGUUAUUCACACCCGCGUUAUGUGAAUAACGGAGUGAGUUCGAGUGCGAAUGGAAGUCGCGCAGAUCUGAGAAGCACAUUAUUGGAUUCGCAGCUUCAACUCCCCUCAGAGUCACACAGUCGCGCCCAUCUCCCCCACUCAAACUCAAAUUCAGACGGCGACGCUGUCCGCCUCAUCUACAUCGGCAGACAGGCACAGGCACACAGCGAGACGGUGUACUUGCUCGAAUCGUACAGCGACGGGAAUGUGCGGAUAGUUAUAUUGUGUAGAAAGUAA